AUGCACACUAGGGAAGAGAGCCAUUCCGUGUUGUUUGCUCGAUUGAAAACAAAAGUGGAGCGAUGUUUGGCAGCCGGCAGACUGAUGAAAUUGCUAUUAUGUGACGAAUGCGUUCUAUGGAAUGUUAAUACGAUCGUCGAAGAGAAAAAACCAUUCGAUCAGCUGAUUCAUGACGACUACAGCUGCACUCAGACAGUACAGCUGAAUUCAACAAUCGAUCAGAGCCGAACAGAAGAGCAGACAAUCGGCAUAACGAUGUUCAGAGAACCACCAUAG